AUGCAAGAAAUAAAUGACUUCGAAAUGAAUGAAAUAAAAAUGUCACCGAUACCUGAAAUAUUGCAAAGACCUAUUGGCUAUGAACGUCAAUUAGUUGUUAAAUUGACUCAAAAGAGUCAUAUGGACUCUCCAGGACCAUCUUUUAUGAAACACACUGAAAGAUUAGCAAUAGAAACAUUGUUAAUCGAACCGGAUUCUUGGACACUAUGGUCCGAUGAUAAAAUAGAAAAAGCAGUGGUCCAAGCAUUUAGUUUCAAGAAAGCAGGACCUUCACUAUCUUUUGCGAGUCAUACUGAAAGAUCAGCAGCAUCGGUUACACCAUUAACUAAUCCAAAUCCUUCGACAUCAUCCUUGGAUGAUCAAAUGGAAUUAGGAGUGGUCACAAUAUCCAGUUAUACACAAACUUUGAAAUCUAUUGCUCUGACAAUGAAUCUUGGACCAGCAGAUCUUGCAUCUAUCAAUGCAUCAGCUUCCGGAGGACAUGAUAGGAUUCCAUCAAAAUCAACUCUUCAAACUGUUAUUUCAGCAGCAGAAACUGCGCUAACUAAGUCUUCUACAGGGAGUGAAAAUCAAAAAAAAUGUAAACUGCCUGAAGUUGCUUCUUUAUCACCAACAUCUAUAAAUCCGACAGUAGCAGAAGUGGGGAAGAGUAAGCUAAAUAGGAAGAAAUUCGUUUGGAAUCCGAAUGCGCCGCCAUUUAUAUCGCGUAAUCUAAUCAAUAAUGACAAUAUUAAUUUAAACUGUAAUCGAAAAAUCAAAUCGCAGAAUUAUUUUUCAAUAAUGAAUGGUAUUCGAACCAGCGAUGCACCAUUACCAUUUUUGUCUGCACCCACCGGACUACCGAUACAAAUUAGACGUUUGGGUGCCGUCGAUGUAAUAACUUUGUCUAUGCAGAGUUUGCCAUCAAUUGUGCAUACUGCAUCAUCACAAAUUAUUAAUCCAUUUGCGCAGGGAGAUGGAGAUCGUGCUACCACUGCCAUACCGAUUCAACAAACUACGUCAACGGCAGCCACAACAAGUCGUCUAAAUGCGAUGGAUGGACAUGAUACUUCGAUGCUCACCUAUUAUAAAACGUCGGUUGCACAGACUAUGCCACGUGCUUUAGCAGCAAAGGCAACUGGCUCGAGCGGCUGCAUAACACAGACGGGUGGCGUAGGGAUGUCGAUUUAUUAUCAACCACCGUACUAUUCGAUCGCUAAAUAUAACCGACAAACGUUAGAGUUGGUCCAUGAUCAACAACCAGUUGUACUUCCAUCUGUCGCAGCAUCAGCGGUAAAUGCUUCACCUUCACGAGAUUGUCAAACUCAUGCGCAGGUAGGAAUUUUAUCUCAUUUUUUGCGAUAA